GCGGACACACGGAGAGACACGCGGCUCCGCAUACGCACACGGUUCAUGGAGGUGUGGAGAAUUCAGAAUGAGAGCAUUGAUUACAUAUAGAUUUAUAUAAAAGGAGACCGAGUGAAUUCCUGAAGACACUUCCACUUCCACUUUGUUGUGCGCACUUUCCAAAGUGAGCAGAUGUCGCCGCAGAGCAUGUCGCUGUGUGGAGGCUCGUGGAUGAGACUGACAGCAGCGCUGCUUCACCUGAGUCUGUUCCUGCAGCUGGAGCUUUGGGAAACGACAGAGGCCAUCCACCCAGACUGUGCUGUGGUGCUUCAGCACAUGAAAGCUCAGCAUGAAUGUAACCACAUCAUCCAACAGGAGGAAAACAACCGCUCCAUCAGGACAGGUUGUCCGACAGUGUGGGACGAAAUUCGGUGCUGGUACCGCGCUGAGGUGGGACAAGUGGUCAGCGUCUCCUGUGCCAACGUGUCCCAGCUGUUUGCUAAUAAUGAAGGUUACAUCUACAUGAACUGCACAGCACACGGCUGGUCCGAGGCGUACCCCUCCUACGAGAAAGCCUGCGAGUUUGCCGAGGACGAGGAGACAGAACCAGAGACGACUUACUUCUCCAACUUCAAACAGGUCUACACCGCUGGCUACGCCACGUCCCUGGUCUCGCUCAUAACGGCCAUCUUUGUCUUCACUGUCUUCAGGAAGUUCCACUGCACCAGGAACUACAUCCACAUCAACCUGUUCUUCUCCUUCAUCCUGAGAGCCAGCGCCGUCUUCAUCAAAGACGGCGUCCUGUUCGCUGAUGAAAACCUCGACCACUGCCUCAUGUCGACCACGUCCUGUAAGUCGGCCGUGGCCUUCUUCCAGUUCAGCAUCCUCGCCAACUACUUCUGGCUGCUGGUGGAAGGCAUGUACCUGCAGACGCUGCUCGCGUUCACCUUCGUCUUCCAGAAGAAAUACUUCUGGUGGUACAUACUCAUCGGCUGGGGUCUUCCUACAACAAUCAUAACAGCGUGGAUCCUCACUCGGAACUUCUACGAUAACAGGGGAUGCUGGGACGACACAGACGAGCCGUUCAUCUGGUGGAUCAUAAAAGCUCCAAUAACGGCAUCGCUGCUGGUGAAUUUCAUAAUCUUCAUCAACGUGAUUCGUAUUCUGGUCCAGAAGCUGAGGUCUCCUGGUGUCGGGGGCAACGAUACCAGUCACUUCAAGAGACUGGCCAAAUCCACGUUGCUGCUCAUCCCUCUGUUUGGGAUGCACUACAUGCUGUUCGCCUUCCUGCCGGAAACCACGGGGGCAGAAGCUCGACUCUUCAUAGAACUCGGUGUGGGAUCCUUUCAGGGGUUCGGCGUGGCCUUGCUCUACUGUUUCCUGAACGGUGAGGUGCAGGCAGAACUAAAGAAGAGGUUCUGGAAGUGGCAGACGGUGUGGCAGACUCAGAGCUACCUGAGCUACAGCAAACGGCGGCGUACGCUGUUCACCGAGAGCAGCACGGUCACUCAGAUAUCGGUGCUGGACAAAUCCAGUCCCAAAGACCAGCCUCAGGUCUCAGAGACACAGACUCUCAGUCACACGGCGGCGCCCAGCAGCGUCUCCACGGUCUGAGGAACUCUGGACUGCUUUAACCUGACCCUAAUCAGCAUUGUUGAAUGUUCUCAUCUUUUUUUAAGGUAAUGUUUUUGUUUUGUUUUUUUGUUUCAGGAA